AUGGGAGGAACCAAGAAAAGAAAGUUUCAGCGAGGAGCAGCCACAGCCUUUGUGUCGAGGAACAAAGCUCUGAAGAAGCUACAGCUAUCACUGCCAGACUUUAGGGCAUCUAUCCGGUGGAGCCCCCUACACAAGAAGAAAGUGAACAAAGGAAAGUACUGCUGUGAAAACAUACUACAACCUCAAGGACAUUCAGUUCCUUGUCACAUGACCCUGCUUGUGGCUAAGUUCAGGGAAAAGAAGGGGCGGUUGAAGAGAGCUGUUGCCAAAAAACAGAUUUUGCUGUAUCCUACUUUUUUGAUGCCCUUUCGGGAUCUUUAUGACUCCUCAAUUGUGUUUUUUGAGUUUAUGCACUAUGUGAUUGCAGCCAAAGCUCUGAGAAAAGUAUUUGUGUCAAUCAAGGGCAUCUACUACCAGGCAGAUAUUAAAGGGGAGACAAUAACAUGGGUUGUAUCACAUAAGCGAGGCUUUCAGCACCCACAAGAUGUGGACUACAAAAUCAUGAAGACGUUUGCAGAGUACCACACAGUUCUUCUGGGACACAUUAACAUCAAGCUAUACAGUGAUUUACACUUGGUCUACCCACCUCAGUUGGAAGAACCACAGCAGCAUGUGAGCCAAGAACAGUGUUUGGAAGGCGACCGGGUGGAUGAGAACCUGGCUAGUCUUGCCCCAGCCAUCAAAACAACUGGAGAAGCCUUGGAAGAAGAGGACGAAGAUCCUGAAGUGGAUGCUCUCAAUGCAGCAAAUGCAGAUGAUCCACAUUACAUAGAAAAGUCCAAGCUGGAAGCACAGAGUGUGAGGAAGCUUCAGAACUUGUUCAAGGGCCUCCGAUUUUUCCUCAACAGAGAGGUGCCCAGGGAGGAGCUGACGUUUGUUAUCAGAUGCUGCAGUGGCCUGGCAUCAUGGGACCACACACUUGCUAUUGGGGCUACCUACCAGGAAUCCGACGACAGUAUCACACAUCACAUCGUUGACAGGCCUACAGUUGCGAACCAGAGGCUGGACCGAACAUAUGUGCAGCCACAAUGGGUGUUUGACUGUAUCAAUGCCAGAACUCUCCUCCCAACUAAGGAUUACUUCCCUGGAGUGCCCUGUCCACCUCAUUUAUCCCCCUUUGUAGAGGAGAAAGAGGGAGAGUAUGUCCCAGAGGAGAAGGUCAAAUUCCUCAAGCGGAUACAGGGAGACAUCAUGGACGAAGACGAGGAAGAUGAUGACAGCGAUGUGCUUGAAGAGGAGGAGGAUGACGAUGAGGAGGAGCAGGAGACAGUCUCUGCUGGUAAAAAGAGAAAACGGGGGAACUCUAAAGACGUGAACAGUGGUGAUCGGGCAACUAAAAUGUCAAAGUCGUCUCCUGGCAUGGCUGUUACUGAAGGCACGAUUGAACGUGUGGACAAGCAGAAGAAACUGGCCAGGCAACAAGCUGAAGAAAAACGACUGGGAGAAAUGAUGAUUGCCAAGAAACACAAACGUUUGUACCACAAGAUCAUGACUUCUCGCAAGAAGAGCUCUCAAGAGGCAAAGAAAUUACAAGACAAAAAGGAAAAAAUUCAAGCCCAGAAAAAGGGGCAAGAAAUUAAAGAAGGGUGCAGUUUGAUGGAUAGGAUGGGACACAGUGAGAUGAAUGAGAUGAGGGCGUGUAUUGUUUGGUUGUUUGAUUUUUAA